AUUUUUUCCGCCUCCCUGAAUGGAUUAAAGACUGACGACAGAUUAACAGAAAUUAGAAGUGCUAAAAACUUUAUGUCGGUGCGUAUUGAUCUCAUUAUAGAAGGAUCGUGUCAAUUAAAAACAUGAUAAUUGUUUGUUGGGAACUUGUCAAUAUAAAAGUUUCCCUGAUAAAUAUAAGAUUUAUUCUUAAAAACACAUUUGCGUUGUACGUUAUACGAACAUUGGAUUAUUUUUUUGUGCAUAUCAAUCAUUUCUUAGAAUUCCAUAUUGUUGGAUUGUGGACUGCAUGUGAACGGUGUAUGUGACAAUUUUAAAUAUUUGUGUUGUUGAUUGUGAUUUUUUUAAUUGAUUAGUGUUGUUAAUUGUGACAAUGUACCCCUGCAUUGAUUGUAGGAAACAUGUGCGGAAAAAUCAGCAAGCACUUCAGUGUGAGCGCUGUGAACACUGGCAACACAGAAGUUGUAAUACAGGAAAAAGGCCUGUCUGCCGAGUAUGUCAGUCACCGAGGGGCACACCGCUUCAUCAGAAAACUUCUGUGUCUGCCAUUCCUUCCUGCAGAACACAUUGGUCCUGUGUUCGAGUCUAUGGCAGACUUAGCUCCAGACCGUUUUGAUGGACUGUUAGCCUACAUUAGACGGACCUGGAUCGACAAUGAUAUGUGGCCAGUCCAUUCUUGGUCGGUGUUUGGAUUGAGCAUCCGCACCAACAACGAUGUUGAAGGAUGGCAUAGAAGAUUGAAUGGGAGGGCUGGGGGAACGCCUCCAUUUUACCUUCUGAUAAAACUGCUCUACGAUGAGGCCCAGGUAGCGGUGAGGAACUCGGAAUUGAUAAGUGAAGGAAGACUUCGCCGCUACCAGCGCAAAAAGUACACAUAUCUUCAGGGACAGACUCACCAGCUGUGGGAUAAGUACAGGAAUGGGGAGUUAUCUUCAACAGGACUUUUGAGAGAGUUCGGCAACUUAUACAAGCCCCAAGAGUAGAGUUGUAAGAUGUCAAAAAAACAACAACAAUGACAUAUGUGCAUGGGAAAAAAAACAAUGAAAGUGUGAAAGUGAAAGUGACUAUAUAUACAUGUAUGACAUAAUAUUGACAUACGAUAUGAUAUUUUAUCUUUGCAUAUAAAACAUGUUUUUAUAAAUUAAAUGUUAUUGCUAUU